CGCUGAAAAUCCGUUUUAUCCGUCGGGAUCGCAAAAAAAAAAAAGCGCAAGGGAAAAAUCUCAAACUAUAAACAACAACCGACAUAAAUAACACACUCUCCGAGACCUAUUUAAAAUCGUAUCAGAUUCGAAAAAACAAACAUGUCUUCCAGUUCUUCUUCUCAACAACGUUUGAACCAGCUUACUUCUCAUUUAACUACCAUGGAAGGUUCUUCUGCCUCUAUUUUCCAACAAGUCCCUAAAGCCGCCCCGGACGCGAUCUUCCAUCUGACUGCUCAGUACAAAGCCGAUACCGAUCCCAAGAAAAUCAAUGUUGGUGUAGGCGCUUAUCGAACCGAUGAACUGAAGCCUUAUGUAUUGCCCGUGGUAAAAAAGGCCGAUGCGAUCUUGUUCAAUAACAAAGACUUGGAUCAUGAAUACCAACCGAUCGCCGGUACCCCCUCGUUUACCAACGCAGCCGUCAAGUUGAUCCUCGGUGAAGACAGUGUCGCGAUUCGUGAGCAUCGUGCCGUAGGUGUGCAGACCAUUUCCGGCACUGGAGCCAAUCACACAGGGGCUGUCUUCCUUUCACAAUACUACAAGAAGAGUAAUCACUGCUACAUUUCCAAUCCUACAUGGGCCAAUCAUCGCAAUAUAUUUUCGAUGGCCGGUUUCCAAGUGAACACUUAUCCAUACUGGAACGACAAGACACGCGGCUUGGAUUUUGAAGGCAUGCUGCAGUGUAUGCGGGAUGCCCCUGAUGGCUCCGUUUACAUCUUGCAUGCUUGCGCACAUAACCCGACCGGGGUCGAUCCCACCAUGGAACAAUGGCGUGAAAUCGCUGAUGUCAUGCAAUCCAAAGGCCACUUCCCCUUCUUUGAUUGUGCCUAUCAAGGUUUCGCCUCGGGCGAUCUUGACCGUGAUGCUGCGGCCGUUCGUUACUUUGUCGAAAGAGGAUUCGAAUUAUUCGUGGCGCAAUCGUUUGCGAAAAACUUUGGCCUCUAUGGUGAACGUACCGGUAAUUUGACAAUUGUUGGAAAAUCACCUCAGGUGGCGCAACACAUUUUGUCACAGAUUGAGAUUGCGCAGCGUGCGGAAAUUUCAAACCCUCCUGCCUAUGGUGCACGUAUUGUCGAUAUUGUUCUGAAUGAUGCCGCACUGUAUGCCGAAUGGAAGGAAAACCUGAAAUACAUGUCCAAUCGUAUCAAGGAAAUGCGCCACGCCCUUCGCAGUCGACUGGAAGAAUUACAAACGCCAGGCCAGUGGAAUCACACCACUGAUCAGAUCGGCAUGUUCUCUUUCACCGGUCUCAAAGCUCCUCAAGUCAAGGUGCUCAAGGAGAAAUAUCACAUUUACAUGACGGAUAACGGACGUGUCUCCAUGGCGGGUCUUUCAACCACAAAUGUCGACUACUUUGCGAGAGCCGUGGAUGAUGUCGUCAGAAAUGUUUCUGUAUAAAAGAACCCCCAAUUUUAGCUUGCAUGAUAAUCGUCAUUCUUUACAUCCAAUACAUUCAUUAAUUUACGUGCUUCAAAGUCGUCCUUUGUGAAUUUGUUCUUCAGUGCAAUGAUGCCUUCGUAGAAUGGUCCAGAUAUCUGCCCAUAGCACAUAUC